GUCCCAGCUCGCGCAGCUCUGCAAACCCUUGGCCUUCUCUCGAUGAGCUUCAUGGUGUCGUCACUGACAUGGUUUUCACUUCACAGCCUUGUCAGGGUUCAUUUGUGGAAUUUCUUGCCUUCUUAAUGGGGUUGGGACCAUCAGUCAGACUCAACUGUUAGAAAAUGGACGACUGGUCCAACAGCAGCUUGACAGAAUCCGGCUACGACUACGAGAUUCCUGUGGACGAGAUUCCAGACACCACGCGGGGGUGGGCCUUCUUUGCAGCCACUGUCGUCAUCGCGGUCGUCCUGGUAACCAUCAUGGUGGUCUGUGGAGUGGGAAACUGUGUGUUCAUCGUUAGCCUUGCUCGCUACAAGCAGCUGAGAAAGCUGAGUCAGCUGCUGGUGGCUAACCUGGCCGUGUCAGACGCGGCGGUGGCGCUGGUCUGCUGCCCGUUCCUGCUCGAUUAUUACGUGGUGAAGAAGUUGUCGUGGGACCACGGUCUUCUGCUCUGCGCCUCCACCAACUACCUGCGCACUGUCUCCCUCUACGUGUCCACCAACGCACUGCUGGCCAUCGCCGUGGACAGGUACAGGGUCAUCCUCCACCCUCUGAGAUCGCGGAUGAAGCAGCGGACAGCGUGCUACGUCGUCCUGACUGUUUGGAUCGUCCCCGUCUUCAUCUCCAUCCCUUCUGCUUACAUGACUUCUGAGACAAAGUACCCGCACGUGGAAGGACACGCCCACAAGACCUUCUGCGCUCAGAUCUGGCCCGUGGACCAGCAGGUUCUCUACCGCUCGUACUUCCUCCUCAUCUUUGCCUUGGAGUUUGUGGGCCCAGUGACCGUCAUGGCCGUCUGCUACACGUGCAUCUCCAAGGAGCUGUGGUUCAAAGAUGUUCCCGGUUUCCAGACGGAUCAGAUCCGGAAGAGGCUCCAGAGGCGUCGAAGGACAGUGGUAGUGCUGAUCCUGGUGCUGGUCGCCUAUGUUCUGUGUUGGGCACCAUACUACGGCUUUGCCCUGCUGCGGGACUUUUACCCCACACUCAUCUCCAGGGACAGGAACUCCCUGGUGGCCUUCUACAUAAUCGAGUGCAUCGCCAUGAGCAACGGGGUCAUUAACACCCUCUGCUUUGUGAGUGUCCGAAACUACAGCAAGCACCUGAAGAGGGCAGCCAAGUUCCCGCUGACGCUGGUGACGUUUGUGGCCACCAAGUCUGCAGAUGAAGGAGAGGCAAGGACAUCCUCCCUCAGAGUGACGGAGGAGGUGGAGGGCGGUCGGCUGAGGUAGAGCAGGUCUGGACGAACCGGCCAAGGUUCAGAGGAACUCACUUUAUUUCCACUCAAAACACAUGGAAGAACAGAGAUGCAUCUGAAGUGACGAUCUCACCCGGUCUUUAUCUCCACAGGAGUAGAGAAGAUCUACUACGUUUGAGUUACUCAACUCUUUACAGAUUUUGUUUCUGAAAUGGUCCCAGUUCUUGGCAAAGAGACGGAUAUGAGGAGUUACUUCUUGUAGAAACAUUUCAUCAGCUUCUCUUGUGUAGAGACACACAAACAUGGUAGAAACAUGCAGGGGAGUCAAUCCAUGAGCAACUGAGCAUCGUCAAUAUUUAUGCCACAUUUUGGAGUAAAGACACCAACAUGGAUACCUGUGCUAGCCAUGUGUGCAGAGCAAUAGCAGAAGAUCCUCAGGAUGAACCUGUAGCAGUCGUUAAAAUAGUCGUCUUGUGGACGUUGAGCGGUGUAACAGCACAGCAGUCAGCAGGUUCUCCACCAAAUGCUUGUUUAUAAAGGAAACUCCCACGUCGUCUUUCAUGGGGGAGUAGUAAAGUAAAAAGAGUGACUUUUUACCACUUAUCUUCUCACUACUUUAACUUCUUGAGGAUGAAUUCUACAUCAAACAAUAUUGUGUUUAUUAUUGUGAGAGAAGCAAUGCUAAUGUCUUUCUAUUCAAUAGAUAAUAAUAAGAGGGAUGUAAUGGAAUAAAAUAAAUUAAACCAAAUCCUAAGAACUAUAUACAGUUGUGUGCAAAAGUGUUUGCCCCCUAAACCUAAUAACUCGUUAGGCCGCCGUUUGCAGCAACAACUGCAAUCAAGCGUUUGCGAUAACUUGCAAUAAGUCUUUUACAACGCUGUGGAGGAAUUUUGGCCCACUCAUCUUUGCAGAAUUGUUGUCAUUCAGCCACAUAAGAGGGUUUUUGGGCAUUAACUGCCUUUUUAAGGUCAUGCCUCAGCAUGGUCAGCACUUUGACUAGGCCACUCCAAAGUCUUCAUUUUGUUUUUCUUUAGCCAUUCAGAAGUGGACUUGCUGGUGUGCUUCGGAUUAUUGUCCUGCUGCAGACCCCAAGUUCACUUCAGUCUGAGGUCACAAACAGAUGGCCGCACAUUCUCCUUCAGGAUUUUUUGGUAGACAGCAGAAUUCAUAGUUCCAUGUAUCACAGCAAGUCUUCCAGGUCAUGAAGCUGCAAAACAGCCCCACACCAUCACACCACCAGCACCAUAUUUGACUGUUGGUAUGAUGUUCUUUUUCUGAAAUGUGGUGUUACUUUUACGCCAGAUGUAGUGGGACACACACCUUCCAAAAAGUUCAACUUUUGUCUCGUCAGUCCACAGAAUAUUUUCCCAGAAGUCUUGGGGAUCAUCAAGAUGCUUUUUAUUUUUAAAAAUUGAGAUGAUUCUUCAAACCACCAAACAGUGGUUUGGUCUUGGAACUCUGCCAUGCAAGCCAUUUUUGCCCAGUCUCUUUCUUAUGGUGGAGUCAUGAACAUUGAGUGAGGCCUGCAGUUCUUUAGAUGUUGUUCUGGGUUCUUUUGUGACCUCUUAGAUGAGUCGUCGCUGCACUAUUGGGGUAAUUCUUGUCGGCUGGCCACUCAUGGGAAGGUUGCCCAUUGUUCCAUGUUUUCUCCAUUUGUGAAUAAUGGCCCUCACCAUGGUUCUCUGGAGUCCCAAAGCUUUAGAAAGGUCUUUGUAACCUUUUCCAGACCGAUAGAUGUUAAUUACUUUGUUUCUCAUUUGUUCCUGAAUUGCUUUAAAUCGCGGCAUGAUGUCUUCCUUUUUUGGGAUCUUUUGGCCGUCUUCACUUUGUCUGACAGGUUCUCUUGAUUCAAUAGGUCUGGCAGUAAUCAGGCCUGGGUGUGGCAAGUAAAAAAUGUGACUAACCUCAGUGACCUGAUGAUUUUACAAGGGGGGCAAUUACUUUUUCACAUGGGGCCAUGUAGGUUUGGAUAG